AUGGCCCAGCGCGUAAUGGGUCUCCGCACGACCUACUUCUGGCUCCGCGAGUCUCGCCGGUCCAAUAAAGUUAGCGCCAAGGCCACCAUCCUCACGCCUAGAGGACCCGUCGAGACGCUGGAGCCAACAUUAUUGCUUGCUGAACUGAUGACUGAAGGUCUACAGAAGCUUUCUGAUGACAGUGAUGACUGGAGGGCAUUGUCGAAAGGCGGGAUAGUCGACAUGUAUUUCGAGAUCGUCACCGAUCCUGGCUUCUUCACCGAGCACGUGAUCCUCGUGGACGUAUUGCUGCUAGGUUUCAACAGUGCUGUCGAGAAUUGUUCCCGUGACGUUACACUAUCUAAUAACGUGCUCUCUCGUGCCCGGGACCUCUGGAAAAGCAUCUGGGAUUCGCGGGAGUACAUCCGUGCGUGGCCUCGGAGCAAGCGUCUUCCUGCUUUCCAGGCAGCGGGGAAGUUUACCGAGCCACUCGCCUAUCUGCUUGGUCUCUUUCACGCACUUUACUGGCAACGGCAUUCGUUCAGCCCUCCGUUUGACACGUAUAUGCCCCAUGUGGGCUUACUCCUCUGGGAGCGCACCAAGGGACGCCAGGACCUCUCCUCUAGUGCGACACUCUCCUUGAAUACCCUCAACAUCCUCAACUCCGAGCGUACGCCAGAGUUCAUCACAGCAUACGAAACAUUUUCCAAAGACGCCAUCGUCAACGGUAUCGGCCUUGAAGCCUUCCGUCUACGCUUUGAGCAGGAUACGCGGCGCUUGUCCAAUACACGCGACGAAGAUAUUGAAGAGGAAGACUACGCUCAUUGGGCCCUGCUUCAUCAACCGCUGAGAACGAUGGACGUCAUGAUAUACCUGAUGCACCAUGAUACGCUGGGGAUCUGUGUCGAGCUCUGUAACGCAUUAUCCCGGGAGCUUCGCCUCCACCUUGGCGUCUACGGCAUGGUCUUUGAGACUGUAUAUCAACUCUUCAGCCUUUACGCUGGGCAUUGGUAUGGACAUCUCGACCAAGAUAUCGUUCUGCGCGGCGAUACGGCGGUGGAUAUCCUUGCAAUCGCUAUAGCGUUCACGGCAAGAGCUGGAAAUGGGACUAAAGUUGGCUCUGCCCGUAUGAACGAAGCUUUCUUACUGCGCAUCUGCGACGAUCUCUAUUACCUGACCUCCUUCAUUACGGUCGCUCCAGAUGCCAGUCCUUCCCCCAAAGCAAAAUUCAUCGCGGAAUGUAGAGCGCACGCGCCGUCGCAGUGGCACCAGUCGCUUACUCUUCUUACUACGGCGAUGCAGCGCGGCGAGCUCAACAAGGACACACAUCAUCGUAUGCUUCAAUACUGGGUCGAUUUCGGCAGGGCCCUUGGGCUGAAGGAGGAUAAGGAGCGUGUACGCCUUGCGCGCUUGACCCGAACGCGUUCGCGGACGCAAUGGUUGCGCACCGAGUGUACCCUUCCCGUCUAA